AUGGUCCAUAAGAAAAACAGGCUGACCCAGGGUGGAUUGAGUGGACUGGCUUCUUUAUUGUGGUACUUGUUCCCCUCGACCCAAUUGUCGAGUAAGCCCUGGAUUAGUUACAGCACACUCCUUUUAUCCAGGGUCCUGCUCACCCAAAGACCUUCUCAUGCGAAUGUGACUCUGGAUCCAGACACGGCACAUCCUGAGCUUGUUCUGUCUGAAGAUAGGAGAAGCGUGAGCCGGGGACACAAGAGCCAGAUGUUGCCUUACAAACUGCAGAGAUUUGAUUAUUUGCUCAGUGUGCUGGGCUCUGAGGGCUUCAACUCGGGGAAACAUUCCUGGCAGGUGAAGGUGGAGGGAGGGGCAGCCGCAGACUGGGCUGUGGGGGUAGCUAGACAGUCUGUGCAGAGGAAUGGAGAGGUUGGCUUUACUCCCGAGGAGGGGGUCUGGGUGGUGCAGAAAUGGGGCAGUGUCAGAGACUAUCGGGCUCAAACCUUUCCUGUCACUCGCCUGUCCUUGAGUAGAGAUCCCAGCAGGAUCCGGGUCUCUCUGGACUAUGAAGGGGGGUUGGUGGCAUUUAAUUAUGCUGAUAAUCUGGCCCCGAUCUUCACUUUCCCACGGGCCUCUUUCAAUGGGGAGAAAAUCUUCCCUUUCUUCUGGAUCUGGGGUACAGGAUUCAAGCUGAGCCUGCAUCCCUGAGAGGCAGGGUAGCCCAGGGCUCUGUUAGUACCUUAGAGAGCAGGCUAGAUAAACCCGUCUCACGGUCUGGCAGUGACUGCCCAGUCUGCUUGUUCUCAUGCUGUAUGGUUCUGUAGGAUUAUAUCAGAGAACAGGGUCAGAGAAAGGUGGGAGGGGGAGAAAAAGUACCUCCAGGGAGUGGGGAGGGAGGGGAUAGGAAAGGGGAACUGGGGCUUGGGGGUGGGGGGAGGAAUGGAGGAUGGAUAACAAAGUGAACAGCUAGAAAGGGGAGGGGCACAGACCUUGAGAUGAGGGUUUAGUACUUUCUCCUUGUGGAGUCACUGGGGGCUUUUCUACACUUCAAAAGCUGCACCAGUGCAGCUGUGCUGCUGUAGCGCUUUAGUGAAGACGUUACUAUGGGAGAGCGUCUCCCGUCAGCGUGGUGACUCCACUCCCCGAGAGGCGGUAGCUACGUCGGCAGGAGAUGCUCUCCCAUCUACACAGGGGUCAGGUCGGUGUAACUGCGUCGCUCGGGGGGGUUCACACGUAGUUAUACCCAUGUGAAUUUGCAGGGCCCACCUGGCCUGAGAGUCUCUGUCCCAGGACAGGCUCCUUGGCGGAGCCUGCUCAACGCACCAGUGCAUGUGACAGAAACGAUCCCUUAGAAUGAGUCUGUGGGAGGUUCUGGCUGGACCCUGCCCGGGCGCAGAGGCUGGAAAGGAAAGCUGAGGGGUCUGCAGGCAGGGCCAGAAUGCCAUUGGCAGAGCAAUUCCCACCCCGUCCUAGAGCCACUGCGGCUGGAAGCUCAGCUGCAGAAUGGGCACCAGGAGCUCUGCCCUUUGCGCCCUGUGCAGGUCUUGGCCAGAACCCCCCAUGGUGCUCACUGCCUGAAAGGGACGAAGUAAAACCAGGGCCAUCGCCCUGCAUCUCCACCUCCUCUUCCUGUACAGGCACAAGCCCUGGCAGCUCACUGCACGUCUCCACGUGCUCAUCAGAGGUUUCUAGCUGAUCAUGUACAAUUGCCCCACUUGCAGCAUGGGGCAAGGUGUAGCCAGUUAGUUCAUUUUAUUAUCCAUGUAUGGUUGUGCUGUGUGAUGUAAUGAUUAACUCAGAUGCUAAAUUACUUCUAAUGAAGGUAUGCUAACUAGAUUUAGGGUGUAGGAUUAUAGAAGUAUCAGUGAUAAGUAGCAUUAGGUAUAUACGUGCAGUAUGGCUGAAACGCAAGGCCUGCAGGCUGAGGCCUGUCAGAUUUCAGCUUAGCCAUACUAGGCCAUAGGUUUAAGAAUGCCUGACAUGAAUAAGUGACCAAAGAUUGACCCUACGCCAGUAAGAUCACAAUACUAUUGGAAAGAUGUGCCAACAGGUGAUGUUGCGGAAAAUCAACUGCAAUGCACUAUCCAAGAUCAUGAGAUACCUUAUUGUAACAUCAUUCACAACACAUGUCCUGGAUGCAGGGUACAUGUUGUGCCUAGAUGCUAAUGAAAAUAAGAGGGACUACAGACAACCUGUGAAAAACAGGGCACCCCUAUAUUUAUGGAGUGAGGAAAUACAGAUAAGGAAAAAAGAGGGUUGACACCUUCAUGCAAAUGCAUAGUGUGUUAGAUGUAGUCAAAAUUACAAUAUAAAAGCGGGUUUGCAGACUGAGUGAAAUUGGGAGUACACAAGGGAAAAUUCCCAGCAGGAGCCAUUUCUCUACUGAUGUCCAGUUGGUGAGGAAUCCAUCAGACUCUAAGAAUAUCUUUAAGGAUGUGAGUAUGACUAUAUUUAUAACUUGUACAUGGAUAUUCGUAGGGUUUACAUAUGCUUGGUGUGACGCAUGGCUAGAAAGGGUUAAACAUCCUGCAAAAUAACCCUGCAAAGACAUGUGGGGAGAUAAUGUUGGUGUUUUGUGUAUUUACUUAUGUAUGAGUAGGGUGGACAAUGUAAUCAACAGUCCCUGUCUAUGUUGUAUUCUGAUAGUUCAGAGAUCAAAAGAACAUCCUAGCAUGUAAACGAAUUGUAAACAUGGGAUAUCUAGGUAUUCAUCGCUCAUUGAAAUGUACUGUGAAUGGUGGAGGAACGAGCAAAUGGCCUUAUGUUGA